UUCAUAUUCCUGCGUCCUCGCUUGCGAGUACUCUCUCCGUCCACGCGAGCCAACACAAUAACAAUGCCAGAAUACCACCCCCUACCACACCUGCCAGCCAUCCGCCGAGUCGUGACGGGCCACACACCCGAAGGAAAAGCGAUCUUCCCCCACGACGACCAGGCCCAACUGGUUAACCCGCGUCCCAUCCCAGCAGACAGUAACCCUAAUACGAUACCGGGGUUCUGUCUCAUUCACCGCACCCAUGGCUACCCCGUCAAUCUCCAAGGGCCGGAGAGCGAACUGAGCAAUGAGAACCUGGCGCGCGGGAAAAUGGCCAGCGGGGAUAUAAUCUCCGAGGUCAUUCAUAUUCCCCCAGGAGAAGGAGAGAGGGGCGCGGCGUAUCUGCAUCGGAACCAUAGUCUGGAGUAUGGGGUCAUUCUGAAGGGAAGUGUUCAGUUGAUUUUGGAUGAUGGGGUGGAGAAGACGUUAUCAGAGGGCGAUGUGUUUGUGCAGAGGGGCACUAUGCAUGGCUGGAAGAAUAUCACAGAGGAAUACUGUCGCUUUAUGGCCGUGAUUAUUCCCUCGAACCCGGCAAAAACAGAGUCGGGGGAGGGAUUACCGGUUACCAAGAUCCCGGGUCUGACGGAUUAGUGGUUUGUAUGGAGUGUUCUACAUUUUUUGAAAAAUAUGUCAGGGGAAAUACGACAGCCCUAACCUAUCGCUGAGGAAUGUGUGGUUAUCGUCU